AUCAUGCAUCGUUCCUGUUCUUCCGCACUCCUUCUCUCUCUUCUCAAUAGUUACCUCGCCGAAGCUCGCCCAGCCCCACAGGCCAAUCCACCUCCAUGCCCGACAAUUGUGAAUUUGCCAGAGGCAACUCUCACUCUUAGUCCAGGUCCAUCCGAUGUCGUUGUGAAUGGCCUUCCUGAUGGCGCAACUUCAACAAUCUCGGCCAAUGGACCAGCCAUCACUAUCGGCCCAAAUUUGUUAUCGCUAAAUGCAGACAACAAUGUCAACCUCAACGGCUUUGUGUUCUUGUUCAGCGACGAUAUGUGUCCGAAGCUGGUCAUACCAAUCACCAAUCCAGAUCCUGUGCCUGGGGAAAAUACAGAUGUUAUUCCGCCAAUUCCAGGACCAACUGAUACACCUCCAGUAGACCCGGUACCGUUGCCAGAUCCUAGCCCAGUGCCAGAACCUAUCGAACCUACCCCAGAGCCCGGUCCAGUUGAACCCAUUCCGGAACCUGAUCCAGUGGAGCCUGUUCCAGUUCCUAACCCAACUGAACCCAUUCCAGUUCCUGAUCCAGUCGACCCUAUCCCAGCUCCUGACCCAGUUGAGCCCAUUCCCGAGCCGGAUCCAGUGGAGCCUAUUCCAGUUCCUGACCCAGUCAUUCCCAUUCCUAUACCUGGACCAGUUAUUCCCAUUCCAGUGCCAGAUCCUGUCAACCCCAUUCCAGUGCCAGAUCCUGUCAACCCCAUUCCUGUACCAGAUCCUGUCAACCCGAUCCCGGUGCCUGAUCCAGUGCCUGACCCAGUCGAACCCAUUGAUCCAACCAUCACACCUCCUCCUCCCCCGCCUAACAACGAAGAUCCCGAUGAUUGCGAAACCCAGACAGCAAACGUGUGCACGCAAGGAUGUAGCUUCGGCACCAACGACCUUGGAAUCACGACAACCACCUCAUGCAAAGAUCCCUCUUGCACAGCAACGACAGCUUGUGGCGUCUCCGAUUCUACCACUACCACAACCAUCGAAGCACCAGCCUGCACCCUCGACUUGACCGACGGCUUGAUGCCGGGCUACCCUUUCCCCGUCGACGGCGACGGCCCGCUCCCCAGAGCCGACGCUCCACCCAACGUGCCCGCCCCAGCUGAUCCCCAGCCCACACCUAGCGAACCAGUUGAUCCCGCCCCAGAACCCACCGAUGCACCUGUCGAGCCACCUCAGGAGCCCGAACCCGAACCUCAACCCGAACCUCAACCCGAACCUCAACCAGAGCCUCAACCAGAGCCCCAGCCUGAACCUGAACCCGAACCUCAGCCUGGACCCUCACCCACCGACCAAGUCUACCAAGCCGGCAAACUCACCGCAGGCGACGGCACAGAAUCCAUAGUCAUCUACCGCAACCCCCGCGACUCGCCCUUCAACGUCUGCACCGACACUCCGUUUUACAAGGAAUCAACGCUCGUAGGAUUGUCCAAACGCUUCGACAUUCCUGAUUCCGACUACAAGAAUUGCGACUUUGUGGGUAUUGGGUCUGAUCCUUUGGGGAUUUACUGUGACGGAAAGGAGAGGCUGCCGUGUGUGGUUGUGGAGGGGUCGAGCUUGAACAUGUGCUUGGCGGGUAAUGGGGACACGUUUAGUGUUACUUGGAAGUGCAAUGAGUAG